CUCGACUGGUUGAGGAAUCUGUAAUCUGGGUUGAUUAAACGUAAAAACACCCAGCGCGUUCAUUCCGUUGGUUCCGCUCCAGGGGAAUGGCACUGACAGGAGAGAGUCGUCUGCUAAUCACCGGCUGUGAACAGCUGGUCAUUGUUAAAUGUCAUUAUUUACCGUGAUACGAGAAUUGGGAACUGUCGAUGAAGACAUUUGUUAAUUCUGCGAGCGCCGUCGAGAAUUAACGGUCGAUUUUUAUACAGCUGCAGUCACUGCAUGAUUACCGAGCUUAACACGUGCUCUUUAGAAGGAGCAUAAUGAGUUGCAUUGUCUAUUACUGUACGGUGACUAUUUUAACGUUACUGACAACUUGGUUCCUUUGGCUGAGCCUUGGCAGAAGGAGAAAGAAUGUCUGCGCCGUGGUGCUCGGUGAUAUUGGCAGAAGCCCAAGAAUGCAAUAUCAUGCGGUGUCGUUUCUCAAGGAAGGGUUUACCGUUGAUAUCGUAGGAUAUCCUGGGUCGAUGCCAUUGAAGGAAUUAAAUCAAAGCUCUACGGUGAAGAUUUCCUAUUUACAGCCUUCCCCAAAUUUGCAAAAUGGCGUACCUCGUGUUAUUUCACUAGCCGUGAAGGUGCUAUGGCAAACCGGUACCUUAUUUCUAGCAUUAUUUCUAAGGCGACCGUCGACCCACUUGAUCUUACAAAAUCCUCCGGCAGUACCGACGAUCCCGGUGUGCUGGUUCUACUGUUUCGUGACUAGAACCCACUUUACGAUAGACUGGCAUAAUUAUGCACAUACGUUAAUGGCUAUAAAUCUAGGGAAAGACCAUCUUUUUGUAUUAUUAACUGAGCUGAUAGAAUCUAUUUUUGGGAAACUGUCGCAUAAUAACUUCUGUGUUACGAAGGCAAUGAAGGACGACUUGAGAAAAAGAUGGAACAUACAAGCGGAAGUAUUGUAUGAUCGACCACCGGAUGAAUUUCAUCCUAUAACUAUCGAGGAGAAACAUAAUUUAUUGCUUCGACUAAGCAAAACGUACAAUGCCUUUAAAGGGGACAGUGAAGAGUCAACGAUAUUAACAGAAUGUUCUCCGGAUGGUAAGAUUAGUUUACGGGCAAGAAGGCCUGGCUUCAUCGUGUCGAGUACCAGCUGGACAGAGGACGAAGAUUUUUCUAUACUGCUAAACGCUCUUGCCGAGUAUGAAGGUGUUUGUGAGAUGGGCGAAAUGAAUCUACCUGAUCUACUAUGCGUAAUAACAGGCAAAGGUCCUUUAAAGGAAUUCUACAUUGCUAUAAUAGAAUUGAAAAAGUGGAAGCACGUCAAAAUUGUAACCCCUUGGCUUGAAAACGAAGAUUACCCAAAAUUAUUAGCUUCUGCUGACUUAGGAAUCUGUCUUCAUACAUCGUCAAGCGGCUUGGAUCUACCAAUGAAAGUAGUCGACAUGUUUGGUUGCAAUCUUCCAGUUUGUGCUUUUGAUUUUAAAUGCUUGGGAGAACUUGUCAAACACAAUGAGAACGGUUUUGUUUUCGCAAAUGGUAAAGAACUGACCAAACAAUUGAAAACAUGGUUCAUUAAUUUCCCAAACAAUCCAGAGCAACAGAAAUUGGUAGAAAAAUUCAAACAGGAGUUGGAGCAGUUUCUACAACUUCGAUGGCAUGGUAAUUGGUCGCUAAAAGUUCUGCCUUGUUUUCCCUGCGAAUCCGCCGAAACACGAUUAAUCACGAUGUCGAGGACCCUCUUCAACGACCUCUUCAGGGUAGGCACGCUGUUCUUCCUCCUCGCGAUUCAGUGCGACCGUUUGCUUGCAGCUCAUCCGAAGACUCUGAACGAGAGGCCGAUCAUCGGGGUCCUGGCGCAGGAGAUCAGCUACAGCCUUAACCAGAAAUAUCCUGGGCAGUUUGAAAGCUACAUCGCGGCUUCCUACGUGAAAUUCCUGGAAGGAGCUGGAGCUAGAGUUGCUCCUAUCUGGAUCGGCAAGGACGAGGCUUAUUACGAGGAUAUUCUCGGCAAGGUGAACGGGGUUCUCUGGCCGGGUGGAUCCACUUUCUUCAACCAGAGCAGAGGAUACGCCGACGCGGGGGAGACUAUCUUCAAGAUCGCCAAGAGGAUGAACGAGAUGGGCGACUACUUCCCGAUUUGGGGCACCUGCUUGGGCUUUGAACUCUUGACCUACCUCGCGGCGAAUCGCGAGGAGCACAGAUCGGAUUGUUCGAGCCAGAGGCAGGCAUUGCCCCUCGAGUUCAAAUUCGGCUUCCAGAGUAGCAGGAUGUUCCGAGAUGCGCCAAAGGACGUCCUCGAGAUCCUGGAGGCUAAAAACGUCACCGGGAACUACCACAGAUAUUGCGUGACAGAGAAUGACCUGGCCAAGGUGAACCUCACCGGCGAGUUCCAAGUGAUGUCGGUGAACAAAGACUGGAACGGGUUGCUGUUCAUCUCCGCCUUGGAACACAGAACUCUGCCCUUCUAUGGGGUCCAGUUCCACCCUGAAAAGAACAUCUACGAGUGGGCCCUCGGCAAGAACAUUCCCCAUGGUGCUCACUCGACCAGGGUUAGCCAAUACUUCGCAGACUUCUUCGUGGGCGAAACCAGGAAGAAUGCCCACAGGUUUGCAGACCUUGAAGAGGAGCUGGCCAGCCUCAUUUAUAAUUAUCCUGCCACGUACACCGCCCUGAAGAAGUCCAGCUUUAUGCAGUGCUACAUGUUCCCGUCUCAAGCCACAAAAUUCCGGCAGAACGUUUAAUUAGUGAUAACGACCUGUGAUACGAAUUAUUUAAGAAAAAAAAUUCCGGUUCAUUCGUUGUUAGACGCUCGAAGAGUGGAGAUUGGAAUAAAACGAUUUUCGGAUGAUGUUAA